UUAUCCGGUCCGCUAAACCGCACUCUUGGGAGCAUGGGCCCGUACCAUGGGCCCAUGGGGAAUCCCUUCGUCCUGGGGACCAGGGGACGAAUAUAUAUGAAGCUCUCGAACAAUAUCCGCAGAUCACGGUAAGGGUGGGCAACUCUCCAACUUCCUAGGUCACAAGGCUUUAUAUUCAGCCAUCCGUCAGCUGGGUUUCUCGUCAACCCCAACCCUCCGAUCCCAAUCUUUCCUCUCGACAACUGUGGUGACCUAGCAACCUCUACACCAUGGUCCACUUCAAGAAGCCCGCCAUCAAGAAGAUGGCCGACGUGGAGGCAGUUCAGGCUGAGGCUCCUCACCUGGCACGUGUCGACUGGAAGAGCGACCCGGGACUGAGAAAGCUGUACUUUUGGGCGUUCAUCAUCUGUGUCGCUUCCGCGACCACUGGUUACGAUGGAUCCAUGUUGAACAACUUGCGUAUCCUCGCCACAUGGAAGGAAUUCUUCGGGGACCCCAAGGGUUCGACUUUGGGUCUCCUGACCGCUCUCUACUCGAUUGGUUCCAUCGCCUCUCUCCCCGUCACUCCCUUUAUUGCCGACCACUUUGGUCGUAAGACCGCUAUCGCUAUUGGAUGCGUCAUCAUGAUUGUUGGCGCCAUCGUCCAGACCGCCUCCAGAAACCUCAAUUAUUUCAUGGCCGGCCGCUUCUUCAUGGGUUUCGGCAACUCGCUCGCCCAGCUCUCGUCUCCCCUGCUUCUCACCGAGCUCUGCCAUCCUCAGCACAGAGGUCGUGUCACUGCCAUCUACAACUGCUUGUGGAACGUCGGUGCCAUCAUCUGCACAUGGCUCACCUUCGGUACGAAGCGUAUCCCCUCCCACUGGUCCUGGCGCGUUCCUGCCCUCACCCAGGCCUUGCCCUCCAUUAUCCAGCUCAUUUUCAUCUUCUGGAUCCCCGAGUCGCCUCGUUGGUUGAUUUCCAAGGAGCGCAACGAGGAGGCCCUCAACAUUCUCGGCAAGUACCACGCCAAUGGAGACAUCAACAACCCUACCGUCCAGUUCGAAUACCAUGAGAUCAAGGAAACCCUCCGCCUGGAGUUCUUGUACCAGAAAUCCUCUUCCUACCUCGACUUCUUCAAGACCAAGGGCAACAGGUACAGGCUCUUGCUCCUCGCAUCUCUCGGUCUCUUCUCCCAGUGGUCCGGCAACGGUCUCGUCUCCUACUACGCCACCGACGUCUACAAGAGCAUUGGUAUCACCGACGACGACACCCAGCUCGGCAUCAACGGCGGUCUCAACAUCCUCUCCCUCAUCGUCUCCGUCUCCUGCGCCUUGUUGGUCGACAAGGUCGGUCGUCGCCCGCUCUUCCUCGCUGCCACCGCCUCCAUGUGCGUCACCUUCAUCAUUUGGACAAUCUGCUCCUCGCAGCAGGAGGCCACCGGCAGCAAGGACGCUGGCCGCGCCGUCAUCGCCAUGAUCUGGAUCUUCUCCGUCGCCUACGCGCUUGCAUGGUCUGGUCUGCUCGUCGCCUACACCGUCGAAAUCCUGCCCUUCAAGAUCCGCGCCAAGGGUCUCAUGAUCAUGAACUUCUUCAUCCAGGUCGCUCUGACCAUCAACCAAUACGUCAACCCCUACGGCUUUGACUACCUCAAGCCCACCUGGAAGUUCUACACCAUCUACUCCGUCUGGAUCUUCCUUGAGCUCAUCUUCGUCUUCUUCCUGUACGUCGAGACCAAGGGCCCGACCCUGGAGGAGGUCGCCAAGAUCUUCGAUGGCGAUGAGGCUGAGGUCGCUCACGUCGAUCUCGAGAAGGUCGAGGCUGAAGUCAUGACCUCUGGCUUCGAGAAGGGCGAAGGUGCCGUUCAGGUCGAGCACGUCAGCAGGCACAGCAAGGACUAGACUAUGAAACUACCCCUUCUAGUCUCUUUUAUUGUUGAGCAGUGUCCUUGCUCGCUUGUUGAAUGUUUCUCUGUCGGAAGUGGAGUUGGUUCCACCGUUCGCUC